AUGCUUCUGAAUGGAUUGGAUAUCCGAAAUAUAUUUUUCCCUGGAAGCAAUUUUCACAGUCUGAAGGAUGGAGAUAUUCCAAUGUUGCCAAAUCUUACGCAGCUGAGUUUCGCAAGAAAUCAGAUUAAACCUAUAAGUUUAAAUGUGUUACAGCCCCUUCCUGCUUUGCAGCUUUUAGAUCUCAGUGGUAAUAAGCUUAACAAUGUGCCACCAGCAAUAUUUAAGCAUUCCACACUAGAAAUAUUAGAUUUAAGUAAUAAUCGACCUGAACACGGAUUCGCAGUUCCGGGAGAGUCUGAAAAGUUAGAAGAAACAAUAUCUAAUCUGAGAGUUCUGAACUUGAGUAACACCCCUGUGAAUGUUCUUCCUAAUAAUUCCUUUCAUGUUUUCCCCAAACUAACUCAGCUGAUCCUCAGAAACUGUUCUAUAUUUCAAUUCAGUGAACUAGCUUUUCUAAGUCUACCCAAAUUAGAAAUAUUGGACUUGACGAGAAAUAAGAUAGUGUCUACAUACAAAACCACAUUCGCCGUAUUGCCCAAACUUCGGGUCCUAAACCUGCAGAGAAACAUCAUUAGCUUUGCAGAUUCAACUAUAGAAUUCAGUCCUCUUCAAAACCUUCACGUUCUCAACCUUUCCUUUAACAACAUAACGUUUCUAAAUCAUGCGAAUUUUGCUGCAAUUACGACCGUUUCAUUGGAUCUCAGAGGAAACAAACUGGAUCCCUGGACAACCACCACCUUCAGUGAAAUAGUUAAUUUAAGUGACCUACACCUAGAAAGUUCUUCCCUAACACUUCUAAACAGAAUUAUGUUAAAUGACCUGAAACAAAUCGAGAACGUUAGUCUUGAAAACAACCCGUGGGACUGCCUAUCGUGUGACCUAAUCCACCUACAACAGUGGCUCCAAAGUCAACAAAGUAUGCUAAAUGAUUUUUCAAAUUAUAUAUGUCACUACCCUAAAUCGUUAAGGAAUACAAAAGUGCUCGAUGCGCGGUAUAAUGUAGAAGCUUGUGUUAUUUUACCGUUUAAUGUUGUUCUUUAUGUUGUUACACCACUGACAUGUGUGACUGCUUUUCUAAUCAUGUUUGUCAGUGUUUGUUACUGGUACAGGUGGUACAUUCGCUAUUUCCUGUUCCUUUGCCGUAUCAAAGUAAGUAAUUUUCGUGAGAAAAAACUCUCUGACAGUUACCUUUAUGACGCUUUUGUAUCUUACUGUGACAGCGAUCUCGCUUGGGUUGUCCAAAAACUUGUUCCUAUGUUGGAAAAUCAAGAAGGAGGACUUCAUUUAUGCCUUCACGAUCGCAACUUUUUAGCAGGUUUAUCAAUCGAACAAAAUAUUAUCGAGAGUAUCGACAAAAGUAGAAAAACUGUUUUCAUUCUAUCACCGAGUUUUCUAAAAAGCCAGUGGUGUAUGUAUGAAAUAAAAAUAGCUCAGCAUCGGUUGUUAGAAAACAAUCGUAAUUCUCUGGUAUUGGUCAAGAUAAAGAAGAAA